AUUAUUUUCCCAUACUUACCGCGUCUUACAUGAGUAUUGAGUCCAACCAAAUUAUAUUCUUUCUCUCUCCUCUUUCUCUGAACUUUUCUUCUUCACUGCUGUUCUCUUCAUUCAUUCUAAGAAUCCUUCAAAUUGUUUACAAAUCACAAAAUCCAAUCUUUCACUCCAAUUUCUCUAUAUCCUUUCAAUCUUUCUCUUUCUCUCUCCAAAUUUCUCUUCCCAGAAAUAUUCUGCUUUCUUUUGCUACACACAAAGUACAAUUUCCCCUUUUUCUCUCUCUCUCUUUUCAAACCAAAAUCUAGGACUCCUAAAUUCUCUCUUAUUUUGAUUCGAAAUCUUAGUGCAAAGCUCGCUUUUCUCAUUUUGGCUUUUAAUGGCGAAACGUGGAUAUAAGCUCCAGGAAUUUGUGGCUCACUCAGCAAAUGUGAACUGUCUUCGGAUUGGAAAGAAAGCAUGCCGCCUUCUUCUGACGGGUGGAGAUGAUCACAAAGCUAAUUUGUGGGCAAUUGGCAAACCCACUUCUUUGAUGAGCCUGUGUGGUCAUACAACUCCAGUUGAAAGCUUGGCCUUUGAUUCGAUGGAGGUGUUGGUGCUUGGUGGAGCUUCUUCUGGUACAGUGAAAUUGUGGGAUCUGCAAGAGGCAAAGAUGGUUCGAACUCUUACUGGUCAUAGAUCCAACUGCACUUCUGUUGAAUUCCACCCAUUUGGAGAAUUUUUUGCUUCUGGUUCAGCAGACACGGACCUAAAGAUUUGGGAUAUAAGAAAGAAAGGAUGUAUUCAUACAUAUAAGGGUCACAAUCUCGGAAUCAAUACUAUUAAGUUCACACCUGAUGGUCGGUGGGUUGUUUCUGGUGGUUUUGAUAACGUUGUAAAGGUAUGGGAUUUGACUGCUGGAAAAUUGCUGCAUGAUUUUAAGUUUCACGAUGGUCCCAUCAGAUCCUUAGACUUCCAUCCUCUUGAGUUCCUCCUAGCCACAGGUUCUGCAGAUAGAACUGUUAAAUUCUGGGAUUUGGAAACUUUUGAAAUGAUUGGAUCUACCAGGGCUGAGGCUGCAGGAGUGCGUGCACUAACCUUUCAUCCUGAUGGGAGGACCCUCUUUUGUGGAUAUGAUAAUAACGCGAAGGUUUAUUCAUGGGAGCCUGUAAUAUGUCAUGAUGCAAUUGACAUGGGAUGGUCGACAGUGGGUGAUCUCUGCAUUAAUCAAGGAAAGCUUAUAGGUUGUUCUUACUAUCGGAACUCCAUAGGUGUAUGGGUGUCUGAUCUGUCGCAUGUUGAGCCAUAUGGAUCUUGUGGCACCGGUGCACCUCAAGAGAGAAGCUCUGUUGACCUGAAUGUUGAUAUGCGAGUAUGCCAGUCUUCUGAAGAAGUAGUGUCAGCUGUUGCGUCCUCUAUCAGUUCGCGUUCCACAACCCCAGAUGUUGAUGCUAAAGAAAUUAAGAAUAUAUAUGUGGACUAUGAGAAGCCAAUCAGCUCUCGCAAGACACGCUCUACAUCAAAAGUCGUAUCAUCAUCUGACUUUAAGGAAACUCGCAAGUUAUCAUCUAAAAAACAGAAUGUUCCUGGUGCUACAUCUGGGAAAUCUAAUGUCCACACCGGUGGUAGAUCAUUUAUUGUCCCAAGUUUUGUUCCUAGAGAAAGUUCAGGUGGAAAAAGUUUCGCCAAUCCUAGAAGAGAGUCAAUUGCACCUACAAGGCCUGGUAGUGGGGGUUCAAUCAAGUCUACACAAAUGAGGAAGUCAUCCAGGAGCAAAUCUGAUACAGAAGAUGCAGAUUUAAAUUUCCUAGAUAUGCUUGUACAGGAAGUGGGAGCUAGAGAUAAUUCAGGUGGCAAAAUUUUUGCCAAUUCUAGAAGAGAGUCAAUCACAACUGCGAAGCCAGCUAGUGGGGAGUCGAUCAAGGCCAGACAUGUAAGGAAGUCAUCCAAAAGCAUGUUUGAUAUAGAUGAAUUGAAUACAAAUUGUCUUUAUCGACCUGUACUGGAAGCGGGAGCUAGGGAAUCAGAAGAAGAUAAAAAUCCUACGCCGGAAAGUGCUGAGAAGUUUGAGAAAAAGCCAUCUCCUCCGAUUUCUAAUCCACAGAGUGUAGGUGCUGACUCCAUUGACCGAGAAGGGAUAAAUGUAAAAGUGGUGGAAAGAGCAGUGACAGUUGCUUAUGGAAGGACGCGUUCUCUUGUUGAGAGAUUUGAAAGACAGGGACGUUUUGAGGGCAGCGAGGAUCAAACAUUCACCAUAUCCAAUGAUGUCGUUGCUGAUAGGAUUAGCAGCUCCGCCAUGCCGAAAGAAGAACCUCAAAUUUCUGGUAGAGAGUUGGACUCAGCAGAUGCAUCUGUUAUUGAAGCUCUUAUGGGAAAUCAUGAAGUUCUGCUAAGUACUCUUCGUUCACGCCUCACAAAGCUCCAGAUGGUGCGGCACUUGUGGGAACGAAAUGAUGUAAAAGACGCCAUUAUUGCAUUGAGGAAGUUACCUGAUCAUUCUGUCCAAGCUGAUGUAGUUAGUGUUUUCAUGGAGAAGAUGGAAAUUAUUAAUAUGGACUUGUUCUCCUGUAUGCUACCUGUACUGGUGGGUCUCUUGGACAGCAAGAUGGAAAGGCAUGCCAAAAUGGCUUUGGACAUGUUGCUUAAACUUGUUGCAGCUUUUGGGCCUACGAUUCGCUCAACAAUCUCAGCACCUCCUGCUGUGGGUGUUGAUCUUCAUCAAGAAGAAAGGAUUGCGUGCUGCAAACAGUGUUUUGUCCAGCUGCAGCAAAUUCAAGGACUUCUUUCUGCACUUGCUAGGAGAGGUGGAUCACUUGCUAGAUCUGCUCUGGAAUUGAAUCUAGUUCUUCGAGAUCACAGUAUAUAAUUCUCGCCAUAAUAUUUUGUAAGAGUGAGGAUGAAUCUCUUUCCUCUUGAUUAGUUGGAGAUUUUGAUGAUUCUGACGUGCUGGUUUUUGCUCUUCUGCCAUCAUCUGUUAAUCUCUUUGGAUGGCCAAAAGAAUCAGUAACAAGUGAUCAAGUAGUAUUCUUGUAUUAAGUCCAUCGAGAGAAUGCGUGAGAUUUUUAUCUAGUGUCGUUCUUUCUAGAUGGGCGCUGUGCCUGUAAUUUCAGCUGUCAAUUGUAAUGUAAACUAAAUCAUAUAUGUAUGUAUUUUACCCUUCAUAUUCAAUGAAACAAUCCCGGUCCCAUCAUUAUCA